AUGGCCGAGAAAACAAAUGUCGAGGCGCCUACCAGCAUCAAGAAGAGCCUUACCGAGCACAAGUACUUUGAUGACAUUGCAUACAGGUCCAGAGUCAAGAGGAUCAUGGAGUCCUACACAAUGUUCCGCGAAUGCAUAAGAGAUGGGAACUGCCUAUACAUCUCCUAUGCAAUUGUGAUUGCAGACCUUGUGGCACUGGAGGGGGAUUCCCUACUAAGUGCCUUGCACGAUGCAUUCAGCAGGACAAACUCGAUGCUCCACCUGUACAAUAUCGAUGAGCUUGGAUACAAGGGAUUCUACGACACGUUUGUUGAGAUCCUGGCAGACAUAUCCAGCAGAACCAAGAGGAUUGAGGACAUUCCCCUAUAUUCAUUGUACGAUUGUGUUGCAUAUCUAAGACUUAUUGUUUCAACAGAAAUAAAGUCGAAUCCGGAAAAAUACCAGCCAUACAUCCCAGAGAUGGAUGUAAGCAAGUACUGUGCAAGAUUUGUAGACCCCUUCUACCAGCAGGCUGGAUGUGUUGAAAUAUCUGCUCUUUCGAAUAGCAUACCGGUAAGAAUCCAUGUUGUAGACGUCACAAAGGACAGCGAGGAUGUUUAUGGAGAUCAUCCGCAGGGUGUUUCUAUCUUCUACACACAUGGACAUUUCGAGCCUAUAUAUCGGGAUGGGCCAAGAGCACCUUAG